AUGGUAUCGGGAAUGAAGGCCAAAAACAGGAAAAGCCCAUCUGUACAACUCGAUUAUUGGGAACAUGGUGACAAGAAUUCAGGGACUACUAAAGCAGUUACCCCUUUACUUGUUCCUGGUGCUAGUGUUGGUGAUGGUAAAAUUGAAUUCAAUGAAUCGUUUAAGCUUCACUUGACAUUGAUGAGAGAUAUGUCGAUCAAGGCUGGGGACAGUGACACUUUCUUAAAGAACUGUGUGGAGUUGAAUAUGUAUGAACCACGAAGGGACAAAAUAGGGCAGUUGUUGGCGACUGCUGUUGUGGAUUUUGCAGAGUAUGGUGUUGUGAAAGAUGGUUUGAUUGUUAGUGUACCCAUGAACUGCAAGAGGACUUUCAGUAAUACGAGUCAGCCUAUGCUUUUUCUAAAGAUUCAAGCAUUUGAGAAGAAUAAUCGUGUGAGAUCUUCAUCUGGGGAUAGUUUAGUCAGAGAAGGAUCAACGGAGAUGAAUGAAGAAACCGAGAGUGUCUCAAUUACUGAUGAUGAUGUUUCCUCCUCUAAUGGGAGUUCAAACCCUCACAAAGAGAAGGAACCUGAGGACAAAUGUGGAAGCAUGGAUAGAGUAGUUAGCAAUCAAGAAAUGUUGGUUCAAGAUAAAAGUAAAACCAUUGCUGCUGAAUCAGUGACACAAAAAGAUGAAGAAUUAAACACCAAUAUGAGGAGUGGUGUUGAAGUUUCUAAAGUGGAUGAUCAGACAUCAUCAAAUCUAGAUGAAAGUCAAAACAUGGGGGAUCUUGAGUCUAACAUUUUAAGUUGUGAUAGAUUAAAAAAAGUGAAAUCUGGAGGUUCCCUGUUGGAUUCAGGAACUUGGAAGAGUAGUAGUAGGAAAGAUGGUUUUCAUGGUGGCAAUGAAAGGAAAGAUAUCAACAGGUUACAACAAUUACAGCGCAGGGUACAAAAUCUUGAAAGUGAGCUUAAAGAAGCUGCUGCUAUUGAAGUUGGUCUUUACUCAAUAGUAGCAGAACACGCAAGUUCUAUGAAUAAAGUUCAUGCGCCAGCUAGGCGUCUUUCUAGGCUAUACCUUCAUGCAUACAAACAGAUUUCACAAAGAGCAACUUCAGCAAAAAGUAUUGUUUCCGGAUUGAUUUUGGUUGCAAAAGCUUGUGGAAACGAUGUCCCAAGGUUGACUUUCUGGUUGUCAAACUGUGUGGUAUUGAGAGCAAUAAUAUAUGAUGCUUUCGAGCAAGAUCACAUGAGCAAAAAGAAGAAAGAAUCUUGUAGAAACGAAUGGGAGACGCCUUGUAAAUUCACUUGUUCCAUAGAAAAAGUUGAAUCUUGGAUCUUUUCACGAAUCAUCGAGUCAGUCUGGUGGCAGACACUUACUCCAUAUAUGCAAUCAACGGCUGCAAGGGCUAUUGUUAGAAUUGUGGAUUCAGAAUGUAGUAAAAAAACAUCACGUGAGCAAGAACAAGCAAACUUCUCAAUGGAGCUAUGGAAGACUGCUUUCAUGGAUGCCUGUGAAAGGAUUUGUCCUGUUCGAGCUGCUGGACAUGAUUGUGGUUGCUUGUCUGUGCUUUCUAGAUUGGUAAUGGAAGAGUGCAUGGGGAGAUUAGAUGUGGCUAUGUUUAAUGCUAUUCUUCGGGAAUCUGCUGAUGAGGCUCCAACUGAUCCUGUAUCAGACCCAAUCAGUGAUGCAAGAGUUCUUCCUGUUUCAUCAGGGAAACCAAGCUUUGGGGCUGGUGCACAACUCAAAAAUGCAAUUGGAAAUUGGUCGAGGUGGCUGACUGAUUUAUUUGGUAUUGAUGAUGACGAUGAUGAUUCGUUUAAGUCUUUUCAUCUCCUGAAUGCAUUGAGUGACCUGAUGAUGCUUCCUAAGGAUAUGCUGUUAGAUAGCAGAAUCAGAAAAGAGGUAUGUCCGAGUUUUGGUGCAGCAUUAAUAAAGGGGAUACUUGAUAGUUUUGUCCCAGAUGAGUUUUGUCCAGAUGCUAUUCCUGAAGCUGUGUUAGAAGCCCUAGAUUCAGAGGAUUUGGUGGAGGGUGGUGAAGAUUGUGUGAGCAGUGUCCCAUGUGCAGCUGGUUCGGUUGUUUAUCAUCCACCAUCUGCAUCAUCAAUAAUAAAAUGUAUUUUUGGUGGAACUAAAAAACACUUGAGUCGCAGUGGAUCAUCACUCUUGAGAAAGUCAAACACAAGUGAUGAUGAACUUGAUGACCUCAGUUCCCCUUUCACUGCUAUCAAUAUCAUUGAUGCUGCUCCUGCUCCAACAACACCUAGCCCUAGAUGGAGAUCAAAUGAUGGUAGCAUUCGAUAUCAACUGCUUAAAGAGGUAUGGAUGAAUAGUGACUGAAUACUCAUUCAUACUAAAAAAAAAACUCCGCAAUAUUAUUGUUUCUUGUAAAUACUUACUUGCAAAUAAGUCAAAGUGAGUGCUACUGACAAUUUUUCAUUUUUCUCUAAUGUGCAUCUUAUUUGCAAAUGUGUAAUGUUCAAUGCACUAUUCCAUUGUUGGCUUUUGGAUGUAAAACUAAGCCAAGCUCAUAAAAUAGUGGCAAACCCCAACAAACCCAU